AUGGGCCUCGAGGCUCGCAUGCCACCGCUCCAGCCGGAUGUGGAUGCUCUCGACAAUGAGGCGUCCCCCAUAGUAGAAGCCGCCGCCGAACUGCCAGUACUGACGGCAACACCUACAGCCUACUCGGGAUGCUGCCUGGCUCUUAGCAAACCCCUCAUCGUAUACUUCGCGUCGCUCCUUCCUCAACCCCCAUCGCUUGCUCUAUCCAUCGGAAGCGGCUUUGGCUUGCUCGAAAGUUACCUCAUCGUCAAACCUCACGCGCACCACAUCGUCGGCGUCGAAGUAGAGCCAAGCUCCAACCAGUAUCUGCCUCCCUCAAACCAUCGUGUCGUUCACGGUUCGCGCUUCCUCGAGCCGCUCGCUGCGGAAGCCACGACUUGGCUCUUUGUUUACCCGCGACGCGUGGGGCUGGUGCGCGAAUAUCUGGCAGAACAUGGUCAAGGCAGUGUGAAGCGGGUCAUAUGGGCCGGUCCCAAGGCUGACUGGGAUGACUACAAGACUUGCUUCGCAGAUUGGCAUGUCCAGGAGCAGAGCGCCGAGCUGGUUGGGGGAAGAGCAUGGGAAUUGAUCGCUGUCGCAGACAAAGCUACGCCCUGA